AUGUCCUGCUAUUUCUACACCGCUAGCACGCUGUUAUGCGUUGGGAUUCUGCCGCCCCGAUGGACCGUCGAACCCGAUAUCGAUUCCAUCACUCGCACGAUCAUACCAGUAUUGCAGGACCAGAAGGCUGAGCCUACGGUGUCUUUCCUUGCGCAAGGGGCCUUCAAUAAGAUCUACAACAUCGCGGACGGCGGUCGGAUUCUAGUACUGCGUGUGUCGCUCCCAGUCGAUCCUGGUCACAAAACUCUGAGCGAGGUCGCGACGAUUGACUGGACAAGGCGUCACACAUCUCUACCUGCGCCGGAACUCAUCGCGCACGAGGCGACCCGCGCCAACCCCAUUGGGUUUGAAUGGAUUCUUAUGGGGAAAAUUCCUGGGAAGCCCCUGGUGAAUAUGUGGAAUGUGAUGACACUCAAAGCAAAGAAGCAGUCGUUUCGCGGCACUGGAAAUAUCUUCCCAGAUUCGCAUUCCCCUUGGGACGACGCCGAUGACGACGCCGACAACAACAAUCACGCCUCAGUUGCUGUCAAGAGGAUCGUAUCGAUGCAAUCCUUCUGGGGCGAGCACAUGAAGCAGGAUAUUCCUCGGGGACCCUUCCGGUCUACAAGGCACGGAGUUAGUAAUGACUGGACUAGCGAUGAUGAGGACGAAGCUGAGGAUGCGCAGAGGUCGUUGGACAUCGUCACCCGGCUCAAGUCAUCUAUCAACGACGUCUUUCCGCCCCGAGGCGACGACUAA